AUGGGGAUACGAAGCCGACUCGCAGUACUUUUCUCGGUUGUGCUAUCUCUAUGUACCUCUUUUGGCCAGGUAGGAAACUUUUGACCGGUUUGUCAGUCAUGGGUUGUAUUACUGAUCAGUCCGAUAAUACAGGACUAGUGAAGGCCCAGUGCAAUAAUCUAAUUACUUUUGUUUAAACUAAAUGUAUUUCGGUGUUUACCAGCAUUUUUUUUUUACUUGAGCUUGAUAAUAAUCUGUACAAAACAGUUAAUCUGAUAAUACUUGUUUGAUAUGUUUUCCAGUCUCUUGAAAUACUUUGCAAAUGCAACUUAUUUCUAUGUGAACUGAAAUUGUCUAUUUAUUCAUUUUCAAUUUCAGAAGAUGCUCUUAACCAGAGCAACUUACAGUAGUGAGUGCAUACAUUUUCAUACUGGUCCCCUGUGUAAAUCUAACCCACAACCCUAGCAUUGCAAGCACCAUGCUCUACCAACUGAGCCACAUCAUCACAAACCACUUGAUGUCUCACUGUACUCAAUUACUGUAUUGUGCAUUGGUUUUCUUCAUGGUGAUGGAAAGUUUAAAGGUACAAACCUAGAUGACCAGCCUAUGUACAAUACAGUAAUUUACAUUGUUGUUUGUAAGGAUGGUGAUUUAAUACUGCACAAAAAGUGGUUGUUUUCUAUGUUAUUUGAUCAAGAAAAAUAUUUAAUUUGAUGUGGAUGUUUUGUGUCUUUGCCCAUAACUUUGCACCUUUUGAUGUAAAUGUUUGAGGACAGGGUUUUGUUCUUUCUGGAUUCCAUUAUAAUGACAAUCGCAGAGAAAGGGACAGGGCAACAACUCUUACAAUUCCAACUAUUGAAUCCUGCAAGUUACUCUUCUUAAUUAUACUAGUACCUUUUUUGGGAAAGCAGAGAUGGUCCAAAAUAUUUUUGCCUGCACUACAGAUGUAUAUCUGUCCGCUGAUACUAGUAAAGGCCCAGUGCACUACUUUUUGUGAAUACAUUUUUUUUGGUAUUAAUAUUUGUAUCAGUAUUCUGAUUUCUCAUAGGGUGCUGUAGCACCCUCAGCAUCCCUACUUCUCGUGGCUAUGCUGUAUAGGCUCAAGUGUGAAGUCUCCUAUACAGUCUGCAGAAUUCUACACAGCUUUGCAAGAUGUAGGCAACCUAUUUUGUAUACUGCAAGAGGGAUAGCAGUAUAAUUAUUUUGGGUGCGAUAAAGUUAUGGUGCAAUAGCUGUUAUCUCUGUAACCAACACUGCAAUAGACUUGUGCUGCUAGUUUGCACUGACAGGCUGUUGCAAAGCUAAGUGACCAAAACAAUCCAACAUAACCUCUUGCACCUCUACAUUUAGUAAUCCGUCCUGUGUUUUCAGAGUAUAAUAUAAAUAAGAGCGUCUGCUAAAUGACGUAAAUAUAAUAGCAGAUAAGUUAACUUGCUGAAUUGGUGGCAUACAGUAUGUGAACAAGAGUAACACUUGUUCUGAAGGAUCAUGUCACUUGACAUUACAGUUAAUGAUUAGUGAACUUAGAUGGCACAGAGAAUUAUUUUACUGACACACCCUGUUGAUCUUGUUCUGUCACUGUCACAUGCUGUCUUUUUUAUAAUGGCCUCUCUCAGCAGUUCUUGUUGGCUAAAAUCCAAGCUUCUUCCAAGAGGGAACUUGGAGGUUCGCUUUCUGCUCACUCAGUUUCACCUGGCCUAACCUGGCUAGUGGCUACUUCUGCCAAGCAAUGAGCCAAAUUAAGUCUCUCUUUCUCUCUCCCAGAUUGACCCCCUGGUCUAUGAUGAGCAGUUGCUGUGGGUGAGUGGCGGGGCGGGGCAGGUGAGCACUUACCGGAUCCCCCUGCUCUCCUUCACCACCAAGGGCAGUCUGCUGGCCUUCUCUGAGGCCCGGAAGAAGUCCGCCAGCGACGUGGGGGCCAAGUUCCUUGCCAUGCGACGCUCCACAGACAGAGGUAGGCAGGGCGAGCAGACAGACAGACAUUGUAAUGCAGGGAUGGGCAACGUUGAUGGGGUUGGCAGCCCACCCAAAAAUGUAACUCAUCGUGAGGGGCCACAGUGGCUCCCAGGUCUGCGUACCCACAUCCAUUCUCACACAUGUAGUCAGCUAACCUUUUGACAGCAAUUUUUUUUUUGCCAUGGGGCGUAGAGAAAAUGUUGCAGUUUUAAAGCAAGUUUGCUGCAAUUCUACACAUUUUACCAUGGAGCGGAGAGAAAAAUGUGCAGUUUUACAGCUAAUUUCAUGCAACUGUACACAUUUUGCCAUGGGGAGGGGACAAAUGUUUGCAGUUUUUAAUAUGCUAUCUGAUGAUCAAUGGGGCCCCACCCUCGGUCGGUAAUUCUACCAUGAUUACUAGAAGUUUAGAUAGCUGGCUGCUAGACUAAUUUACCAAUCUAAAAAUUUUUAGCUGACAUGGGCUAAUUGAGUGACUGAGAUAACAAGAGAAAAACAACCACAUUUGGAAAUUGCAGGUUGUGUAUUCUACUAUUCUAACUCUCAACAGUAAGUUGAGACCCCAACUGGGGGGGGGGGGGGGGGGGGGGGGGGGGGGGGGCACUUUUUAUACAAAGAAAUUGGCAUCGAUGGGUUAGCUGACAAUGUCACAAACUAUGCACACGCUUCAAUGGGGUACGUCUUGUUUUGAGGUGUUUUUACCGAUUUUCAUGUCAAUGCUAAUAUGGCUAAAAUCCGCUAGCUAGCUAAGCAACAACUAUAACGAUGCAUUUGAGACAAUAAGUGCUCAUUGUGCAAAUGUAUUUAUGUUUUCAAAAAACAUUGGAGACGAAAUAUUGUUUACAUGUUGUCAACAAUCUAUGCCAACCCGCCCUGUUUUGCCCAAUAGUUGCUCACGUUGAAAAACGGGGAGCGGUUUGGUUGUGGUUGAAAAUGCACCGUUGCCCUUACUCUUUUGAUAAUGCUUACAAAUUGGAUCAUAACUCGAAAAGUAGCAGAGAUCCCACUCUGUAAAUUUGAUAUGCCUGUAGAGUAUAUUAUGUUCAACAAUAUAUUGAACAUUUUGCAUUACAUUACAUUUACAUUACAUUUACAUUUCAGUCAUUUAGCAUUUUGCCAAAUCAAACAAUCUAUAUUUUUCAAUAUUCAUAAAUUAAUGUACAAAAAAAACGUUUAAAAAUCAAAAUAUAUUACAGAGCGAGCGGUAAAGCUUCAUAUGACACCACUGUUUGCUUUGUAGCACCUACAGAAGAAACACUAUGGAGUCUUAAAGGAGGCCUGGGUAAGGUCAAAAUGACAUAAAUAUGCCAACUUUGAUUCAUUAUUUAUCAAUUAUGCUUUUAGAUACACAUGUCAAAUAUGUCAACAAUCCUUCCUCAAAAGGACUAUUCUAUGGAUUACAAUUCGUGAAAAUCCCCAAAAUCAUGUUUUGUUUUUUUUGUCUGGGUUUUGUGAGGAAUCACUCAAGGAAAUUCCAGAGGAACAAAAAGGAGAGCAGUAGCAGAUAAAAUAAAUCAAAAAUCAAUCUUGUUUAUCAAGUUGCAACAGGAAGACACCUCCAGCACAGCAGAGAAAAUGUCUAACUGGCCUUCUCUGAUCAGGCUCUUCUAUCUUAAAGGCCCAGUGCAGUCAAAAACGUGAUUUUCCUGUGUUUUAUAUAUAUUUCCACACUGAUGUUGGAAUAAUAUUGUGAAAAUUAUGAUAAUGCCCUUUCAGUGUAAGAGCUGUUUUGAUAUUGAGAUAAAAAGGGCUACAUUGGACCUUUAAUCAGAAAGCUGCAAAUGUUCUCUUAAAGGUCCAGUGCAGCUGUUUUUAUUUCUGGGUAACAAUUAAGUACCUUACUGUGAUUGUUUUCAAUUAAAAUGGUCAAAAAGCUAGAUUCUAAGCAAAAAGCAAUUUCUCAAGCAAGAAUUUUGCUAGGACUGUCUGGGGGUGGUCUGAGUGGGGAGGGGAAAACUACCCGUUUUUGAGGGGAUUUGAUUGAUCUGGCCCAGGCGCCCGGAUAGGCGUAUUUUGCACAGGGUAAAAGUUGAUUGCAUUAGUUUUGGAACCCGGCUGCCUCCAGUCUGGCAUCAAUCACUAUCAACAGAUAUGAGAAUAAUCCAUAACAAGUCUAGUGACCAUCAACCCGCACCUUGAGUGUCACAAAUGGAACAAUGGAAAUUGUGUAUUACAGAAACUCCAAAUAUGCUAAACAUUGUGUUCACUCUAAAUUAAAUAUGAACUUUAGUCAUCUUAUAUAUUCCCAUUUAAGACAGACAGAUAGACAGGACAGAGAAACACACAGACACUUGUACACAUAUUUGAAUUUACUUUGCUUUUUAUCAGUGCAUCUUCACUCCAGUGCAUUUAAUUUACACCAUAUGACUAAUACUUUCCUCCUCCCUCUCGCUCUCUCUCUCUCUCCCCUCUCCCUCCUCUCCUCCACCCUAGGUGCCACGUGGUCUCCCACCACUUUCAUAGUGGACGAUGGCAUCCUGGCUGACGGGCUGAACCUUGGUUCAGUGGUGGUGGAUGAGGAGACUGGCUCUGUGCUGCUGAUCUACUCUCUGUGCUUCCACCAGUACCAGUGUGAUCCCGCCAGUAUAAUGCUGGUGGAGAGCAUGGACGACGGACUCAGCUGGACCCCACCAAGGAACCUCUCGGUCCAGCUGGGGGUCAAGAACUUCGUCCCUGGGCCCGGCUUCGGCAUUCAGGUGGGUCACCAUCAUCCAUGGCUUUCAUACUUCUCUUCAUCUCCCCUUAUCCCUCUCUCUCUCGCUCUUAGAGACAAUUUAUAUAAUUAAUUUAAUUAAUACAUAAACACUGAACAAAAAAUAUAAACACAACAUGUAAAGUGUUGGUCCCAUGUUUCAUGAGCUGAAAUAAAAGAUCCCAGAAAUGUUCCGUACGCACAAAAAGCUUAUUUCUCUCAAAUUAUGUGCACAAAUUUGUUUACAUCCCUGUUAGUGAUAAUUUCUCCUUUGCCAAGAUAAUCCAUCCUCCUGACAGGUGUGGCAUAUCAAGAAGCUGAUCAUUACACAGGUGCACUUUGUGCUGGGGACAAUAAAAUGUGGUCCUCUGUAGCUCAGCUGGUAGAGCACGGCGCUUGUAACGCCAAGGUAGUGGGUUCGAUCCCCGGGACCACCCAUACACAAAAAAAAAAAAAUAUGCACGCAUGACUGUAAGUCGCUUUGUAUAAAAGCGUCUGCUAAAUGGCAUAUUAUAUUAUUAUUAUAUAAAAGGCCACUCUAAAAUGUGCAGCUUUGUCACACAACACAAUGCCACAGAUGUCUCAAGUUUUGAGGGAGCGUGCAAUUGGCAUGCUGACUGCAGGAAUGUCCACCAGAGCUGUUGCCAGAUAAUUUAAUGUUAAUUUCUCUACCAUAAGCCGCCUCCAACAUCAUUUUAGAGAAUUUGGCAGUACGUCCAACCGGCCUUACAACCGCAGACCACGUGAAACCACGCCAGCCCAGGACCUCCACAUCCGGCUUCUUUACCGGUGGGAUCGUCUGAGACCAGCCACCCAGACAGCUGAUGAAACUGUAGGUUUGCACAACCAAAGAAUUUCUGCACAAACUGUCAGAAACCGUCUAAGGGAAGCUCAUCUGCGUGCUCGGUAUCCUCACCAGGGUCUUGACCUGACUGCAGUUUGGCGUCGUAACCGACUUCAGUGGGCAAAUGCUCAACUUCGAUGGCCACUGGCACACUGGAGAAGUGUGCUCUUCACAGAUUAAUCCCGGUUUUAACUGUACCGGGCAGAUGGCAGACAGCGUGUGUGGGUGAGCGGUUUGCUGAUAUCAACAUUGUGAACAGAGUGCCCCAUGGUGGGGUUAUGGUAUGGGCAGGCAUAAGCUAUGGACAAUGAACACAAUUGCAUUUUAUUGAUAGCAAUUUGAAUGCACAGAGAUACCGUGACGAGAUCCUGAGGCCCAUUGUCGUGCCAUUCAACCGCCGCCAUCACCUCAUGUUUCAGCAUGAUAAUGCAUGGCUCCAUGUCGCAAGGAUCUUCUGUACACGAGUACUGGAAGCUGAAAAUGUCCCAGUUCUUCCAUGGCCUGCAUAUUCACCAGACGAUGUCACUCAUUGAGCAUGUUUGGGAUGCUCUGCAUCGACGUAUACGCCAGCAUUUUCCAGUUCCUCCCAAUAUCCAGCAUGAGGCAAAUGGUGGUCACACCAGAUACUGACUGGUUAUCUGAUCCACGCCCCUACCUUUUUUUUAAAGGUAUGUGACCAACAGAUGCAUAUCUGUAUUCCCAGUCAUGUGAAAUCCAUAGAUUAGUGCCUAAUUAAUUUAUUUCAAUUGACUGAUUUCCUUAUAUGAACUGUAACUCAGUAAAAUCUUUGAAAUUGUUGCAUGUUGUGUUUAUAUUUUUAUUCAGUGUAAUUUCCCCCUCUUUAUUUGCCUUCUCUUCCUUCAUAUGACGAGAGCUCCUUAUAUUUCCUUCCUUGUGAUACCAUUGCUGACGUAGCCUACUUUUGUGUUGUCAAUUAUGAGGCCAAUAUCUAUCAUCCAUAACCCUAACCCUUAUAUUGUGUGUAAUAAACCUUAGUAAUAAAUGUUGGGGUCAUUGCACCAAGGUCGGUUGUUUUGAUUGAACUGUUGUGCUUUGAUAGAGUACACUAUUUUGACUGUCUCUCCAUGUCUCCACUCACAGAAGCACUACCCUCCUGCUAAGGGGCGUCUGGUGGUGUGUGGACACGGCACCCUGGAGGGUGACGGGGUCUUCUGCAUUCUGAGUGACGACCACGGACGAAACUGGAAGAAUGGCGCCGCGCUGAAGAGCAUCCCCUACAACCAGCCCAAACAAGCCCUGGACUUCAACCCAGAUGAGUGCCAGGUAAAGCUAACCAGGGAGGGAGUGGGCAGGAAGGACUGGAAAGGAUGUCACACAGUACAAUAGCCAUAUAGUUAUUAGGCUGAGGAGGCUGGUGGGAGGAGCUAUAGGAUGGGCUCAUUGUAAUGGCUGAAAUUGAAUAAAUGGAAUGGUAUCAAACUUAUGGAAACCACAUGUUUGACUAACUGUUCCAUUAACUCCAUUCCAGCCAUUACAAUGAGCCUGUCCUCCUAUAGGUCCUCCCACCAGCCUCCUCUGCUAUUAGGCAACCCACUAGUUUUACUAGUCUGGUACUAGUUUCAUAGUCAGAUGCUUUUGUUCUGGUUUUAUGCAGUAGUGCUGUAUACUGAUUACAAUGCAGUUCCUCAACUUUUUUUGUAUCAGGGACUGGAAAGCUAUAGUAGGUAGUCCUUGUAGGACAAUUUAAAUGGAUUAAUCUGAGUAACAACCGUCAGUAUCCCUUGAUAAAGCCCAUGAUCAGGCUCACCUCAGUUCCUCAAUCAAACUCCUCUCUGCCUCUUUCCCUCCUCUGUAGCCUGUAGAGAUGGAGGACGGCAGCAUCGUCAUCAACGUGCGCAACCAGAACAACUACCACUGCCACUGCCGCAUGGUGGUGCGCAGCCUGGACGGGGGCGAGACUCUACCCAUGGAGCAACUGUUGUUUGACUCCACCCUGAUAGACCCUGUGGUAGCGGCAGGGGCACUGCAGAAGGAGGGCGUGAUGUACUUCACCAACCCAGCUGACAGUACUCAUAGUAAGGACUAUGGGAAAGGGAUGGGGAUGGGGCCCUCUGGUGGACUAAGUGGGUGGGACAGGGGGAUAGUGGUGAGUCAUUUUUUAAAACAUCCACUCUCAAACUUCCUGUCCCUCUCGCUUUCUUUCCCUCCCUCUCUGUCUCUCUCCUUCCUUUCUUCCAGGGGUCAACCUAACCCUGCGCUGGUCUCUGACCAAUGGCACAUCGUGGGAGAAGAAGGCCGUCCAGAUCUGGGCGGGGCCAAGCGGCUACUCCUGCAUGACAUCACUUACGAACGGCGGCGCGGAGGACAGGAAGUUCAUCUUCGUCAUCUACGAGAAAGGCCACAAGGACUACUAUGAGACCAUCUCCUUUGCCAAGAUCCACCUCUACGGUGGACGGUAG